UCCGCGCCGGCUCCGCAGCUUGCGCCCGCCGGCCGGUCCGGCGCCGGGCCAUGGCGCUGCUGCGGGAUGUGUCGCUGCAGGAUCCGCGGGACCGCUUCGAGCUGCUGCAGCGUGUGGGGGCCGGGACCUAUGGCGACGUUUACAAGGCCCGUGACACCGUCACCUCCGAACUGGCUGCGGUGAAGAUCGUCAAGCUAGACCCAGGCGACGACAUCAGCUCUCUUCAGCAGGAAAUCACCAUCCUUCGUGAAUGCCGCCACCCCAAUGUUGUGGCCUACAUUGGCAGCUACCUCAGGAAUGACCGCUUGUGGAUCUGUAUGGAGUUCUGUGGAGGGGGGUCACUGCAGGAAAUUUACCAUGCUACUGGGCCUCUGGAAGAACGGCAGAUUGCCUAUGUUUGCCGGGAGGCACUGAAGGGGCUCCACCACCUGCAUUCGCAGGGGAAAAUCCACCGAGACAUCAAGGGCGCCAACCUUCUGCUCACUCUGCAGGGUGAUGUCAAGCUGGCGGACUUUGGGGUGUCAGGCGAGCUGACAGCAUCUGUGGCCAAGAGGCGGUCUUUCAUUGGCACUCCAUACUGGAUGGCGCCUGAGGUUGCUGCUGUGGAACGCAAGGGUGGCUACAAUGAGCUGUGUGACGUCUGGGCCCUGGGCAUCACUGCCAUUGAGCUGGGUGAACUGCAGCCGCCGCUGUUCCACUUGCACCCCAUGAGGGCCUUGAUGCUAAUGUCGAAGAGCAGCUUCCAACCCCCCAAGCUGAGAGACAAGACACGUUGGACCCAGAAUUUCCACCACUUCCUCAAGCUGGCCCUAACCAAGAACCCUAAGAAGAGGCCUACAGCUGAGAAGCUUCUGCAGCACCCCUUCACAACCCAGCAGCUCCCACGGGCCCUCCUUACGCAGCUCCUGGACAAGGCCAGCGACCCUCACCUGGGAGCCCUGUCCCCUGAAGACUGUGAACUGGAGACCCAGGAUAUGUUCCCAGAUACCAUCCAUUCCCGGGGCCAUCAUGGGCCGGCCGAAAGAACCCCCUCUGAGAUCCAGUUUCACCAAGUGAAAUUUGGCGCUCCUCGACGGAAGGAGACAGAUCCUCUCAAUGAACCGUGGGAGGAGGAGUGGACGCUGCUGGGAAAAGAGGAACUGAGUGGGAGCCUGCUGCAGUCAGUCCAGGAGGCCCUGGAAGAAAGGAGCCUGACUAUCCGGCCAGCCUUAGACCUCCAGGAGCUGGACUCCCCGGAUGAUGCCAUGGGAACCAUCAAACGGGCCCCAUUUUUGGGGCUGCCCCACACUGAGCCAACACCCGAUGACAACACCCAGUCCUCCCCAGGAACCCUGUCAGCACCUCCACCCGACCCCGGCAGCCCCCCACUGCUCCCCACUGCUUGGGCUACCCUGAAGCAACGGGAAGAUCCUGAGAGAUCAUCCUGUCAUGGCCUUCCUCCCACCCCCAAGGUGCACAUGGGUGCCUGCUUCUCCAAGGUCUUCAAUGGCUGCCCCUUGCAGAUCCAUGCUGCUGUCACUUGGGUUCACCCUGUGACUCGAGACCAGUUCCUGGUGGUUGGGGCGGAGGAAGGCAUCUACACCCUCAACCUGCAUGAACUGCAUGAGGAUACUCUGGAGAAGCUCAUCUCCCAGCGCUGCUCCUGGCUCUACUGUGUGAACAAUGUGUUGCUGUCACUCUCAGGGAAAUCUACCCACAUCUGGGCGCAUGACCUCCCAGGCCUGUUUGAGCAGCGGAGACUGCAGCACCAGGCACCCCUCUCCAUCCCUACCAACCGCCUCACUCAGCGCAUCAUCCCCAGGCGCUUUGCUCUGUCCACUAAGAUUCCUGACACCAAAGGCUGCCUGCAGUGUCGUGUGGUUCGGAACCCCUACACAGGCAGCACUUUCCUGCUGGCUGCCCUGCCCGCCAGCCUGCUUCUGCUGCAGUGGUAUGAGCCAUUGCAGAAAUUCCUGCUGCUGAAGAAUUUUUCCAGUCCCUUGCCCAGCCCAGCAGGGAUGCUGGAGCCGCUGGUGCUAGAUGGAAAGGAGCUGCCACAGGUGUGCGUGGGCGCCGAGGGGCCUGAGGGACCUGGCUGCCGAGUCCUGUUCCACGUCUUGCCCCUGGAGGCUGGCCUGACUCCAGACAUCCUCAUCCCUCCUGAGGGGGUCCCAGGCUCUGCCCAGCAGGUGAUCCAGGUGGACAGGGACACGGUGCUGGUCAGCUUUGAACGCUGUGUGAGGAUCGUUAACUUGCAGGGUGAGCCCACGGCUGCACUGGCCCCUGAGCUUACCUUCGACUUCCCUAUCGAGACUGUGGUGUGCCUGCAGGACAGUGUGCUGGCUUUCUGGAGCCAUGGCAUGCAGGGCCGAAGUCUGGACACCAACGAGGUGACUCAGGAGAUUACGGAUGAGACCAGGAUCUUCCGCGUGCUGGGGGCCCACAGGGACAUCAUCCUGGAAAGCAUUCCUACUGACAACCCCGGGGCACACAGCAACCUCUACAUUCUCACGGGUCACCAGAGCAGCUACUGAGCUGUCUCUUUGACAGCACCCAGGCCUCGGUUGCCACCUCCAGCCUCUGCUAGGGUCCCAGAGGGCAGACCUAACUCUGAGAAGUGUUUGGGGGCAGGGAGGGGAGGUAGCCCACCCCCCUAAGCAAUAACUGGACCAGAGGAAGCUGUGACCACCUACCCUCCCUGGUGUGUUGCCCCCAGUGCAGGAGGCCCUGGGCAGGAUGGGGCUGCCUGGCUCAUCAUUCCACUUUCUCACUUUUCCUUUCCGUUUCUUUUGCCAAGAGCCUGUCCCAGCUUCUAUCCUGGGCAACAUGUAUUUAAGAGAGAAUUAUAUUGGUAUUAAAGCUGGUUGGUUUUAUCCCACUAGUUCCUCUGGGGUGGAGGGGCUGAGCCUUCACCUUUGCCCCAUCCUCUUUCCCUUUUCCUGCAGGAAACCUUUCUGUAAGUAAUUGCUUGGUCUCAGGUGUGUACCAUAGAAGAGCCAGUCCACUGGUGCUCUGUAGAGCCUAGGCUCAGGUGACGCAAGUCUGGUCCAAUAGCCAUCCUGGACCUCUCCCUUCCUGGUCCCUGCCCUGAGCAGCCCUCCCUCAGCUUUAUAAAUUGAGACCCCUGCUGUAAUCUAGCAUCUUACGGGACAUACGCAGGCGAGCACUGAGUAAAGUGGCCUGUUCAGGGCAGCCUCGCGCCAAAUAGGGUCUCGCUUAUAAUCCUUGGGAGGCUGCUGGAAGCUACCAUUUCCUUGACUGUUCUGGGAUCUGCGCCCUGUCCCUGUCUACUGCAAUGUCCAUGGUAAGCUUGUAACAAUACAGUGACACGCCGGCUUAGCCUGGGAAGAUGGAUGGAUGUGGGCUCCUUUAGUGUUCUGUCACUCCACGCCAGGCUUGGGGUCACUACCAACAUACAGCUCAACACCCAAGAAACUCACUGGCACCCAUCUCCCCUGUGGCUUUUGCUUUGUAUUGUCCCCUUGCAAAGGCUCAGAGACCCCAGGUCAGCUGUCCCCCCUCACCUGAGGCCCCAAAUGCCGACUGACCAAGGCCACUGAAGGAGGGUGUGCACACGGAUAGGGCCUGGCAUGGGAGGGUUAGAGGGGCCUGUGGAGCGAAGGUCCAGAUCUCAGUGCUCACUCCCAGCUCAUUGUCUCCCUGCUGACAUUUAGAACAAGUGUUGGCAGGAGGUCUUGUGCCUGGUAUGCUGGCUGCAAGUAUCUGCCAGUUAGUUCAGUGAAGCAGUGGGUGGGUGAGGGGAGGUGGGUGGCAGCUCAUGUGAAUGGUUAUUUCUGUCCCCUUGACUACCCUCUUCUAAAUAUCUGAUUGCUUGGUUUCUAGUGACCAAGAGGUUGGCUUGGUUGAGAUAGGGAGCCAGAUCCCAAGUCAGGUCAUCUGAGGAGUCAGGGUAAAAAGGGCUACAGAGUAAUACCUAGCUUCCUGUCUCCUGGAUUUCUUGGGAGCAUGCUGGCGAUGGGAGUGAGAGACCCAGCCCACAACACUUGACCCCAGGUGCCCUGGGAGAACUGGCCCUCAGAGCGGUGGGCUGCACAGUGCCACCUUGUGGCAGGAGUCCAUCUGAAAGGGAGGCUUAGGGAUGCAGAACACCCGUGAAAGGAAAGACCCACUGCCAGCAAAAGGUGGGUGUCGCAAGCCAAAGACAGGGCAGCCAGGAGUAUGCGCUGCAAGAUGUAAUUUUAUUUGUGUUUGUUUAUAGACAGCCUUUUUCAGACACAAGAGAGACACAAGGUGAAUGCCUGUGCCUCCAGUACUCAGGGGGCAGAGGCAAGACUGUGAACAGUAGUCCAGUCUGGUCUACAUAGUGAACCACCGGCCAGCCAAGGUUACAUGCAGACAAGACCCUGCCUCAAAAAUAAAUAAAAUUUGCCUCUCAUUUGUCCUCCAGUCCCUUCUAGAAGAAUUUAUGAUGUUUAAACAAUCUGGUAUAUUUUUAUUCACAUGGCAACAUUCUGUAUAUCCUUCUGGCUUCCUGAGAGUACAUUCUGGAGGUCUUUCCAUUAUCAGCCUGGCUUUUUGUAUAGCUAGUGCAGGGUUGUGUGCGUUUCAGGUGACUAAUGCUAACUGAAAGAUCUUUAUUGAUGGAAUGUAUUUUUACUUUAGUGUCACAAACCACACUGCAAUAAAUAACUGUGUCGGAGCCA